UUAUAAAGCACUCUACAUAGAACCUCGCGCUGACUAUUUUGUUGGAUAUUCACAUAACCUAGCGGAUAAAUGUGGAAUGUUCUGUUCCUGGUUGGGCUAGCCUCCCUCUCGGCAGCCAAGUUGCAGGACAUGGGACGAUGUAAUCGGGUUGUAGCAACGGAUGGUUUCUUCAACUUGACGAAGUUUUCAGAAGAAAACAAAGGUAUCUGGACGUUUGUGAAGGUUCCAGCUUCAAAAAAUAACAUGGAGCUCAAGUCGAUGUAUUUGACUACUAAAGCUACGAAGCGCCCUGGGCAGUACCACACAAUAAUUUAUUAUAAAAAUAAACACGACCACGAGUACAAGGUUUUCAGUGAUGAAGACAUUUCUGAUUCACUAUCUGGACACGUACUUGCAGUUACAAGAGGGAACAAGAAAAUAGAAUUUAAAAUUUCAUUCCUGAAGUACGUGCCUGGCAGAUAUGCGUAUUACUCAAUUUGCAGUGAAGAAGGAGGUGACAGAAAAGUAGAUUACAGAUACGUUGUAUCUCACGGUCCCCUAAACAGCGAUGAAGUGGCGGACAUACGAAGCCUAGAAGCUCAGUACAAAUUUUCAGGAGCUCUCAAAAACAUUUAAAAAGUUUUGUCAAUGAUUAUAAGUUGAUAAAAAAUACUAAAAUUAUACUUAUAGCAAUAAAUAUACCAUGAAAAACUAUAAUUAUGUA